AUGGCGGGAGCGUUGUAUGGGAGCUUCGCCAUAACCGCCUGUGCGAAAGAUGGCGGCAGUAGUAGUAAGGAGGAUGAUAAAUUCAAGGGGUCGAAGGUCUUGGUUCUGGGCGGGGCGGGUCGAGUCGGGGGUUCGACCGCCGUUGCUCUUUCCAAGCUCUCCCCUCACCUUUCAAUCGCCGUCGGCGACCGGAACAGGGAAAAGGGUGCUGCGAUGGUGGCUAUUUUGGGGAGGAAUUCUUCUUUUGUUGAGGUGGAUUUUGAAAAUGUGGAGUCACUGGAAGCAGCUUUGAAUGGAGUGGAUCUUGUAGUUCAUACUGCUGGACCUUUUCAGCAGACUGACAAAUGCGCUGUGCUUGAAGCUGCUAUAGAGACCAAGACAGCAUAUGUGGAUGUUUGUGAUGACACAAAUUAUGCAUUGCGAGCAAAGUCAUUCAAGGAUAAGGCCGUAGCUGCAGGGAUUCCUGCAAUAACAACUGGUGGAAUCUAUCCAGGAGUGAGCAAUUUGAUGGCGGCAGAGCUAGUUCGAGUUGCGACAAGUGAGAGAGAGCCUGAGAGACUUAGGUUUUACUACUAUACAGCAGGCAGCGGAGGAGCUGGCCCUACGGUUUUGGCCACCAGUUUCUUACUUCUUGGUGAAGAUGUUAUUGCUUAUAAUAAAGGAGAAAAGGUCAAGUUAAAGUCAUUCAGUGGGAUGGUCAGCGUUGAUUUCGGGAAGGGCAUUGGAAGCAGAGAUGUUUACCUGCUGAAUUUACCUGAGGUACAUAGUGCUCAUGAGAUCUUGGGAAUACCAACAGUCAGUGCUCGAUUUGGAACCGCUCCCUUCUUUUGGAACUGGGGAAUGGAAGUCAUGACGAAUCUUCUUCCUCAGGAAUUCCUGAAGGACAGAAGCAAAGUGGGUUCAAUGGUACAGUUGUUUGAUCCUCUUGUGCGAGCAGUAGAUGGUUUUGCCGGAGAACGUGUUGCAAUGCGGAUUGACCUGAAGUGUACAGACGGGAGAGAUACCGUUGGCUUGUUUAGUCACAAGAGCCUCUCACAAUGCGUUGGUACUGCCACUGCUGCUUUCGCCUUAGCAGUCCUCGAGGGAAGCACACAGCCGGGAGUUUGGUUUCCAGAAGAGCCCGAAGGAAUUGCAGUGGAGGCAAGGCAGAUUCUCCUGGAACGAGCCUCUCAAGGCACCAUUAGUUUCGUGAUGAACAAGCCACCAUGGAUGGUGGAGACUAAGCCUAAAGAGCUCGGAUUGGGAAUCUACGUGUGA